UAGAUGCUCUUGAGUGUUCCCAUGGCUGUUAUUAUGAAUGGAAUCCACGGAACGGUUGUCGAAGAGAUGGCUCUGCGCCUCCAACUCGCGCCUCUGUCUCCAUUUUCCAAAUCCCUCCGUUUCAAAGUCGCCCCCAAUUCGAAUCAUUCAAUCACCAAUCUCAAUCCGAAUCGCAUCAAUUUCCAUUUCUCCGCGAAUCAAACCAACGCCUCUCUAUCCAACCGCCGCUCUCAGCCACUCUCCUCCCUCCCCUCCAUCUUCCCCUACCUCCGCGCCCAAUGGCGGCCUAUCGUCUCCGGUUGGGUCUGCAGCGCCGUCUCGGUGUACUCUCUCUCCCUUAUGGUCCCCAAGCUCGGCCAAUUAUCUGCGGUGAUGAGCGCCGUCGAUGCGGUUCGGCUCCGAGACGAGGCAGUGGCCGUUGGAGCUCUCGCGCUGGUUCGCUUGCUCGCGAGCUACUGGCAACAGGCGCUUCUCUGGCACGCGGCAUUGAAGGCUGUGUGUGAGAUUAGGGUUUGUGUGUUCGAGAGGGUUUUGCAGAGGGACUUGGGGUUUUUUGAGGGCGGCGGCGGCGUUUCCGCGGGUGAUGUCGCGUAUCGGAUCACCGCCGAGGCUUCCGACGUUGGUGAUACGGUCUACGCCCUCCUCAAUACAACAGUACCUAGCAUCCUGCAGUUAUCAGCGAUGGCAACUCAGAUGCUGGUCAUUAGCCCUAUCCUUUCAUUGAUUUCUGCCUUGGUGAUUCCAUCAAUGGCUUUUGUUACGGUAUAUCUUGGUGAAAAGCUGCGUAAGAUAUCAAAGAGGGCGCAUCUUAGCAUUGCUGCUAUGUCAGCCUACCUAAAUGAGGUUCUCCCAUCAAUACUUUUUGUGAAGGCUAGCAGUGCAGAGCUCUCUGAGACUGUUAGAUUUCAGCGAUUAGCUCAUGCAGACAUGUCUGAACGAUUGAAAAAGAGGAAAAUGAAGGCAUUGGUUCCUCAGAUACUGCAAUUACUAUAUUUUGGGGCAUUAUUAUUACUUUGUGUUGGCUCAAAGGUGGUCUUAGGUGGUUCUUUUGAUUCUUGUGGCAUGGUUUCUUUUAUAACAUCAUUGGUUUUCUUGAUUGAGCCGAUUCAGGGAGUUGGAAAAGCGUACAAUGAGUUGAAACAAGGAGAGCCAGCAAUUGAACGCUUGUUUGAUUUGACCAGGUUUCAACCUAAGGUUAUUGAAAGACCGGAUGCCAUUCAUUUGGAAUAUGUUAAUGGAGGGGUGAAAUUUUGUGACAUCUCAUUCAAAUAUGAUGAUGAUAUGCCUCCUGUAUUGAAUGGGUUGAACCUUCAUAUUAGAGCUGGAGAAACAGUUGCUCUUGUUGGGCCCUCAGGAGGAGGAAAGACAACACUUGCAAAACUGCUUCUUCGCCUCUAUGAUCCUCUAUGUGGUUGUAUACUUAUUGAUGAACAUAAUGUCCAAAACAUUAAAUUAGAAAGCUUAAGAGGGCAUGUUGGGCUGGUCUCUCAGGAUAUAACACUUUUUUCAGGGACAGUUGCAGAAAACAUUGGGUAUAGAGAUCUGAUGACAAAAAUUAACAUGGAGAGGGUAAAGCUUGCAGCACAAACAGCAAAUGCUGAUGAAUUUAUUGAAUUACUUCCAGAACAGUAUGAAACUAAUAUUGGACCAAGGGGCUCGAUUUUAAGUGGUGGCCAGAAGCAACGACUUGCCAUUGCGAGAGCAGUAUAUCAGAAUUCUUCUGUCUUGAUUUUGGAUGAAGCAACUUCUGCUUUGGAUAGCAGAUCUGAGUUACUGGUGAGACAAGCUUUGCAGCACUUAAUGAAGAAUCGGACUGUAUUAGUUAUUGCUCACCGAUUGGAGACAGUCAAGAUGGCCAAUCGAGUUUUUCUUCUAGACAAUGGGAAGUUGCAGGAGGUAAACUACUCUUCUCUUGUGAGCGGUCAGCAUGACUUCCUGGCAUCUUCAGGACUUUCGAUAUAAUAGAAUAGCAUUGGAAAAGAUGUAGCUGCCCAGCACGCAGACACGGAAGGCAGAUUCUAUUUAUUCCAUUGCCAGCCUAUUGUUUCAUUCUUCUCUCUGGGGUUUUCUUCUUUCUGCAAUGCUUUGGGGGCUGUGGUGGACUUCUUUUAUAGAUGAAAUAGCGAUCUGUGUGAUGUUAAUGAAGCAUUAUGGUUACUGGUAUCCCGUUGUGAUCGGUUACGUCUACCAUACUAUGAAUUUACUUUUUACAUUUUAUUUCAGAUUAGGAAAAUUAUAUUAGUGAGAACAUCUGGGCUAUUCACAACAGCCAGUUCUGGAUCUCAAUAGGAAUCAGAAGAGUUGCAGAGAA